AUGUCAUUUUUCUGUAUUCCUAUCGUGUGUGGAGUUACACAGUGGGACAAACAGUACGAUCCCCAAGUAUACUCUAUAUAUUGUCCCAACUGUCAUAACUACAGCGUGGGCCCCGUGAAACGGCGAGAAUUCAUCUCAAUAUGGUUUAUCCCCCUGUUCCCGAUCUAUUGGGGCAAUCAGCUCCGCUGUCCGAUAUGCCAGUGGCGCCAGGACUUCAAGAGCAGAGAACAGCUAGAUAGAGUCGUGCGAGAGCAGAAAAACCUGGCAAGAUGA